AUGGAAUUGGAGGGGCUUUUCCUUCAUAUAUCCCACAUUUCUCCACCCCGAAAUCAUCCGCUUCUCUACUGCUUCUCCAGCUGCUGUUAUUAUCCUCAUUUCCAGAAACUCUCCCAGAGUCAUCACGAUGCUCUCUCCCUUAAUCGACCCAGAAGAAAUUCAAUUCCAAAAGCUUUUAAGAAGCGGCAGAGUACGAAUUCCGCGAAUGAAGGCAAGUGGGUUGGUGUCAAGCUUCGGGAUGGUGAAGUUUUGGUGGCUGAAAGCCAAGUACUAGAGGAACAAGGUUAUGAUGAAGAGUAUGACUAUAUGUCCUCAAUAAGUUCAAAGAUGGGGUCUUUACAUGAAGACGAAGAAGUAUCUAUUGAAGAUGAAGCAUCUCUAUCUUUGUUGUCUCUUAGUGAAAAGCCCGACAGGAAUAUGGCUCUGCUUGAUGAUUACGAGUUAGAGGAGCUGGAUUUUGCUACUGAUGUCACUGGCCAUCGUAGUGGAUUUGUGGCGGUGGUUGGGAAGCCCAAUGUGGGCAAAAGCACCCUUUCGAAUCAAAUGGUUGGGCAAAAGCUUUCCAUUGUCACAGAUAAGCCUCAAACUACCAGGCAUCGCAUCCUUGGUAUAUGUUCGGGCGAAGAUUAUCAGAUGAUACUGUAUGACACACCAGGUGUUAUUGAGAAGAAGAUGCAUAAGUUGGAUGCCAUGAUGAUGAAUAACGUGCGUAGUGCUGCCAUAAAUGCAGACUGUGUGCUGGUAGUUGUUGAUGCAUGUAAGCCGCCCCAAAAGAUUGAUGAAGUGCUGGAAGAGGGUGUUUGCAACCUCAAGGACAAAGUGCCCAUUUUGUUGGUUCUGAAUAAGAAAGAUAAGAUCAAACCGGGUGAAAUAGCAAAGAAACUUGAGUGGUACGAGAAAUUUACUGAUGUUGAUGAGGUCAUUCCUGUGAGUGCUAAAUACGGUCAUGGAGUGGAUGAUGUAAAGGACUGGAUAUUAUCAAAACUUCCUUGCGGUCCGGCUCUUUAUCCUAAGGAUAUUGCAAGUGAGCACCCGGAGAGGUUUUUCGUGGCUGAAAUUGUUAGGGAAAAGAUCUUCAUGCAGUACCGCAAUGAAGUUCCUUAUGCAUGCCAGGUUAAUGUUGUUAGCUACAAAACUAGACCAGAUGCAAAAGAUUUUAUUCAAGUUGAAGUAGUUGUGGAGAAAGAAACUCAAAAGGCCAUCCUCAUUGGAAAGGAGGGAAAAGCUUUAAAGCUGCUUGCAACUGCUGCCCGGCUAGAUAUAGAAGAUUUCUUGCAGAAGAAAGUCUUCCUAGAGGUUGAAGUGAAGGUAAAAGAGAACUGGAGGCAAAAUGAAGGGCUGCUUAGGCACUAUGGCUAUACAGGGAAUAUACAGGGAUUUACUGUCCAGGUUGAGGCAGGGGAUGGGUUUGUCAGGACCAGAGGAAUCCAUUUUCAGUUGAAUGGUAGUCCUUAUUAUGCCAAUGGCUUCAAUGCCUACUGGUUGAUGUAUGUGGCUACUGACCCUUCUCAAAGAUCCAGAAUUUCUGAAGCAUUUAGACAAGCCUCCAGCCAUGGCCUUACUGUUGCCAGAACUUGGGCUUUUAAUGAUGGUGGAUACAGAGCUCUGCAGUAUGCUCCUGGGGCUUACAAUGAGGAAGCUUUCAAGGGGUUGGAUUUUGUUGUAGCAGAGGCCAGAAGAUACGGAAUUAAGCUUAUAUUAAGUUUGGCAAAUAACUAUGAAAAUUUUGGAGGCAAGAAACAGUAUGUGGACUGGGCUAGAAGUCGAGGGCAAUACUUGACAUCUGAGGAUGACUUUUUCAGGAAUUCGGUGACCAGGGGAUUCUACAAGAAUCAUAUCAGAACGGUUCUCAAUAGAUACAACACAUUCACUGGAAUUGCUUACAAGAAUGACCCCACUAUCAUGGCAUGGGAGCUAAUGAAUGAGCCCAGAUGCACUUCAGAUCCUUCAGGAAGGACUAUCCAGGCCUGGAUAGCGGAAAUGGCUUCUUAUGUAAAAUCAAUAGACAGAAAUCAUUUAUUAGAGGCCGGACUGGAAGGUUUCUAUGGUCCAUCAACUCCUCAGAGGACACAACUAAAUCCUGGAUAUGGCGUAGGAACUGAUUUUGUUGCUAACAAUCGCAUCCCUUGGAUCGAUUUUGCUACUGUACAUUCAUAUCCAGACGUCUGGUUAUCCAGCUCGGAUGAUCAAACUCAAAUCUCAUUCAUGAAUCAAUGGCUGGGCGCACAUUUUCAAGAUGCUCAACACAUGAUAGGAAAGCCUAUCAUGGUGGGAGAAUUCGGGAAGUCGUGGAAAGACAGCGGUUUCAACAGCUACAAGAGAGAUGCCUUGUUCAACGACGUGUAUUUCCAGAUAUACUCAUCGGCGAAACACGGCGGACCGGCGGCCGGAGCCCUGUUCUGGCAGCUACUAACUGAAGGAAUGGAUAAUAUGAAGGAUGGAUAUGAGAUAAUUUUGAGUGAGGGUAGUUCUACAGCCAAUGUGAUUGCCCAACAGUCUUACAAGCUUCAUCUGCUGCAGAAGAUAUUCACCAGGCUCAGAAAUGUGGAGAGGUGGAAGAGAUGGAGGGAUGCUAGGAGGUCACCCUGGAUUGACAGGAACAAAGGGAGGCGUAUUGGGAACUGA